AUGGAUGGAUCGAAACUUGUUCCAGGGUCUAAAGAGCUGUCGCUCGCCAUUGGAGCCAAGCCUUGGGAGGCUGCCGGCCGAACAGCGAAAGCACCCGACCUUUCACAAUGCGUUUCGCCAGUCUCCUCCUUAACGCGGCCCUCGCUGCGGCCGCCGCCCCCCUCUCCCGCCGCGGAUCUCGCCAAGCGCCAGGUCCCCGGCGUGCCCACCAAGCUGCUCCUCGGUGUGCCCAACUCGGUCCUCUUGGUCGACUUUGACGGCAUCACUUUCAGCGUCGCUGCCAACGCUACCGAGGCCGGCACCAACCCUAGCUGGUUGGCUUUCCGGGAGCCCAACUUGCUCUACGCUGUUGACGAGUUUAACGCCGUGACCAAGCUCUUCGUGAUUGACCGUGACUCCAACACCAUUCAGUUGGUUCAGAACGCUGCCGGCUCGGCUGGCGUAGUCCACCUCGAGUUCAACCUUGACAAGACCAGGAUGGUCGGUUCCUCCUUCGGCACCGGCGUCAUCGACAUCUGGGACAUCACCGACGGCACCCUCCGCCUCUUCAAGCAAAUCUCCGUCCUCGACCCUUCCGGCCGCUUCUUCGUCGUCAACGAUCUCGGCACCGACACCCUGCUCGUCAUCGACGCCCAGGACGACCAGUUCGAGGUCGUCAACCGCGUGCGCGCCGCCACCCACUACAUCCUCCUCUGCGAGCUCCUCAACGUCGUCGAGGUCUUCCAGGUCACCUACGUCGAGAACUCCAUCCAGUUCGUGCCCACCCAGAUCGUCAUCUCCUCCGAUAACCGGGACGUCUACAUCUCCAACCGCAACACGGGCAACGAGACCGACAGCAUCACCCACUUCAGGAGCAUCUCCUCGGGCGGCUCCGUGCCCCGCAUGUUCUCCCUGUCCGCCGACGAGAAUCUGCUCUUCUCCACCAACCAGAACAGUGGGCUGGGUCUCGUCGCGCUUGCGAGGAACGGCAACACGGCGGCUCAGGGCGGUGCCGUGGCUGCCGCGGCGGACUUUAGCGCUGCUGUGGAGGCGGCGGGGACGCUUGUGUCUUCGCCGAUUGCUGCGCUUGAUGUCAACAUCUUUGGUGAUGCCAACUUUGGGCCUCAGUUUGCCAUGCAGAUUUAA